AUGACGUCAGCUCCCAGGUCGCCGAGCAGAGAAACAAACAUGGCGACAGAAUGGAGCGGGCAGCAGGGUUACGCUCUCACCGUCAUCAUCUGCCUGUGGAGCGCCGUCGGCGGCCGCUCGGAGACGGCCGGGGCGGCGGCGGCGGCGGCGGCCGCUGCGGCAGCGGCGGGGUCCGGCGGAGGCGGAGGCGGCGGCGGUGGCGGCAGAGGCGGCGCCGGGAGUCAGGUGCUCGGCAUGCGGCUGGAGCGCAGCGACAAGCCGGCCAGCACCAAUGACGACGGAGUCAUCCAGGUGACCGAGGAGAGCACCGUGCAGCUCCGCUUCUACGGGCUGCGGCUGCACGCGGGCGCCUGGACGCAGAUCCGCUUCUCGGAGGUGACGGAGGGAGAGGAGGAGGAGGAGGAGGAGGAUGAGGAGGCUGCGGCGGCUUCCAGGGGCGGCAGCGGCGGCAUGACGGACGCGCCGGACGGGAGGACUUGUACCGACUUCACCAAGGACAUCGUGGUGGGCACGUUCAUGAACGUGAGCAGCCGCGGCACGUCGGGGCUGCUCAGCCUGCGCGUCAAGCCGCUGCGCAAGAGCGAGCCGCGGAAGGAGUACGCGGUGUGCACGCGGAGCGCGGAGGGCGGCGGGCGCUGGGUGCUGCUGGGGGACUCGGACGGGCGGCUGCUGGUGCUGGAGGAGAAGAAGUCCUUCCUGCCCGUGUGGCUGCAGGCCAUCCUCAUCUCCUGCCUGCUCGUGCUGUCCGGCAUGUUCAGCGGGCUCAACCUGGGGCUGAUGGCGCUGGACCCCAUGGAGCUGCGCAUCGUGCAGAGCUGCGGCACCGACAAGGAGAAGAAGUACGCGCGGAAGAUCGAGCCCAUCCGCAGCAAGGGGAACUACCUGCUGUGCUCGCUGCUGCUGGGGAACGUGCUGGUCAACACCACGCUCACCAUCCUGCUGGACGACCUGAUCGGCUCCGGGCUGGGCGCCGUGGUCGCCUCCACCAUCGGCAUCGUCAUCUUCGGGGAGAUCGUGCCCCAGGCGCUGUGCUCGCGCCACGGGCUGGCCGUGGGCGCCAACACCAUCGUGGUGACCAAGCUGUUCAUGCUGCUCACCUUCCCGCUGUCCUACCCGGUCAGCAAGCUGCUGGACGUCCUGCUGGGCCAGGAGAUCGGCACCGUGUACAACCGGGAGAAGCUGGUGGAGAUGCUGAAGGUGACGGAGCCCUACAACGACCUGGUGAAGGAGGAGCUCAACAUGAUCCAGGGCGCGCUGGAGCUGCGCACCAAGACCGUGGAGGACGUGAUGACGCCCCUCAACAACUGCUUCAUGAUCCAGGCGGACGCCGUGCUGGACUUCAACACCAUGUCGGAGAUCAUGGAGAGCGGCUACACGCGCAUCCCGGUCUACGACGACGAGCGCUCCAACAUCGUGGACAUCCUGUACGUGAAGGACCUGGCCUUCGUGGACCCGGACGACUGCACCACCCUGAAGACCAUCACCAAGUUCUACAACCACCCGGUGCACUUCGUCUUCCACGACACCAAGCUGGACGCCAUGCUGGAGGAGUUCAAGAAAGGUAAAUCCCAUCUGGCCAUCGUGCAGAAGGUGAACAACGAGGGGGAGGGAGAUCCGUUCUACGAGGUUCUGGGAUUGGUCACUUUGGAAGACGUGAUCGAGGAGAUCAUCAAAUCAGAAAUCCUGGACGAGUCCGACCUCUACACUGACAACAGAAACAGGAAGAAAGUGGACCCGAACAAGAGCAAGCGCGACUUCUCCGCCUUCAAACACGACGCCGAUAGUAAAGUGAAGAUUUCUCCUCAGCUCAUGCUCGCUGCCCACCGCUUCCUGGCUACAGAGGUGAGCCUGUUUGGGCCGUUCUACAUCACGGAGAAAGUUCUGCUGAGGAUCCUCCGGCAUCCCGACGUCAUCCAGGAGCUCAAAUUCAACGAGAACGACAAGCGUUCGCCACAGCACUUCCUGUACCAGCGAGGGAAGUCUGUCGACUACUUUGUGCUCAUCCUGCAGGGUCGGGUGGAAGUGGAAGCUGGAAACGAGAACAUGAAGUUUGAAACGGGUCCGUUUUCGUACUACGGCGUGAUGGCUCUGAGCACACCGUCACUGGCCGUCACCCCUCCCCUCUCCCCCUCAGUGGCGUCCCCCCCUCCACGACGCCUCUCUCUAAAGAGGUUCUCUCUCUUCUCUCGUUUCCCAGAGUUCCGCUCUCCGUCUCACGGCGGGAACCUGAACCGCUCGGCGUCGCUCAGCUGCACCGAGCGCGGCCCGGAAAGCGGCUCGGUGGGCGGGAGCAACACGCAGAUCCCGGGAACGCCGUUCCAGUACAUCCCUGACUUCUGCGUCCGGGCGCUGUCCGACCUGCAGUUCGUCAAGAUCACUCGUGCUCAGUACCAGAACGGUCUGCUGGCGUCGCGGCUGGACAGCACGCCGCAGUCCCCCGAGGGCAGCCACCCCCGCCUGGACAUGUCCAUCUCCCUGCCGCCGGUGACGCCGCCGGGGACGCGCGUCCCGCUGCCGCUGGCCACGCCCCCUGUGAAACGCCCGCCCUCCGGUGCCCAGCCGACGCCGCCGAGCGGCCGCGCCGCCCCGCCGCCGGGCUCCUCGGCCCGCCGCCCCAGCCAGUCGCUCCCGCAGGCCGCGCCUCCCGCUCCUCCCAGCAACCACAUGGCGCUCUCCCAGGCCCCGCCCACCGCCGGCGCCGCCAACCCCCACCCGCCCCUGGGCUCCUCCAAGUCCCAGCAGCCUGCCGGGGGCCCCGAGAACGGGCCCGGAGAGUCCGCCUCGCUGCUCGGCGAGCAGCAGAACUGUGUGGGCCCCCGCCGGCCCAGCCACCCCCUCCCCCACCCGCACCCCCUCCCCCACGUACACACCAUCAGCCACGCCCACACCGAGAGCACCAUCUAACUUCCUGUUCCUGUCAGUGUGAGGGUCAGCACAGGUCACAGACCACCCAAACCCUGCCUGCAUGACACCCCCACCCCCCCCCACACAGAGACCCCAGCAGAGUGAGAGAGGGACCUGGGUUCGAACGACCUUCACAUGUCCUCAGUGCAGUGGAGAUAAAGGAGAAUUCAUUAAUUUCUCUUAAAGGUCCCAUAUGAUGCUGUUUUUC